AUGAAUUUCUCAGAUAUAAACGCGGAGGAGACUCGGUCGGACGAUCCCCGCCUGAUUGACCUCAUCCGCAAACACUACCUGAUACCGGCCUCCACUGAGCCGUACGCGCUCAGAGGCCUGAUGGAUCCCUCGGACGGCCAGUCUAAAGUUGUCGACAAGUUGUUCAAACAGAAAACACACGGGGUGUUCGUCGAGUGCGGUGCAUACGACGGCGAGUUUCUCUCGAAUACGAUAUUCUUGGAACGCUUCCGAGCCUGGACGGGCUUGUUGAUAGAGCCAGAGCCCAGCAACUUCGCGGCCUUGAAGAAACGCCAUCGAAAAGCCUUGAUAUCAAACUCUUGUCUAUCCAGUAAACCCCAUCCAAGUGAGUUCAUACUGCGUCAAGAACACUUUCUGAGCGAGACUCUGGACGUUAAGAACAUAAGUUACGAUCGAGAGAUUUUUGGAACCGGAGACGUGAGCUACAAGAUUGUCCGAAGAGUCAUCGGCUUUAGAGAUAUAAACUCGGAGGAGACUCGGUCGGACGAUCCACGCCUGAUUGACCUCAUCCGCAAACUCUACCUGAUACCGGCCUCCGCUGAGCCGUACGCGCUUAGUGGCCAGAUGUAUCUCUCGGACGGCCAGUCUAAAGUUGUCGACAAAUUGUUUAAACAGAAAACUCACGGGGUGUUCGUCGAGUGCGGUGCAUACGACGGCGAGUUUCUCUCGAAUACUCUGUUCCUGGAACGCUUCCGGGCCUGGACUGGCCUGUUGAUGGAGCCCGAACCCAGCAACUUCGAGGCUUUGAAGAGACGCCGUAGAAAAGCUUUGAUAUCAAACUCUUGUCUAUCCAAUAAACCUCAUCCAAGUGAGUUCAUACUGCGUCAAGAACGCUACCUGAGCGAAACUCUGGACGUUACGAACAUAAGUUACGAUCGUCAGACUUUCGGAACAGGACUUACGGGAGACGUGAGCUACAAGAUAGUGCAAUGCUUCCCCUUCUACACUUUCUUACUGGCCACUAACAUCACCGCCAUCGACUACUUCAGCCUCGAUGUUGAGGGACAGGAACUCAAUGUGCUCAAGACGAUCCCGUGGCACCAAGUGGAUAUCAAGGUGAUCUCAGUAGAGUACCAGCACGUGGAGGGAGGGAAGGCGGCCGUCAACGCCCACAUGGAGGCGGUAGGGUACGUGGUCCACGAAGAAGUCACUGACCCCUCAGGCAACCCCAGUGACGUGGUUUACGUCAGACGAGAUCUCGUCGACCGAUUUGGUCUUGCGUAG